AUGGGGACGUUUGAUCAGUUGUUUGUAUAUUGUGGUGUUUGUCAUCGGAGGAGUUCAAAGGAGGAUCCUUUGUUUUUGACUUCAUGUGCUCAUAUCCUUUGCUCUCAGCAUUGGGAUUCGAAGCUGGGUAGGAAUUGCACGUUGUGUUCUGCUGGUGAUGUUUCUGUAGUGGUGCUCUCUGAUGCUAGACCGUUGCCGCCGGAUAUCACGGUUUUUUUCCAACCAAUUGAGCAGACUUUGGAGACUCUAUAUAAUGUUUCUCAAUUUCAGAUGACAGGGUUGGUUAAUCAAUGUAGGUUUUACCAGGAUCAUGUGGUGACCUUGCAGGCUAAAUGUGCCAAGCAGAGACAGCUAUUGUUUCAAGCUAAAAAUGAGUUGGAUUCUAUUCCUAAAUUGAAGACCAAGAUCUCCGAGCUUGAGUUACAGUUGAGAACUUAUCAGAAGAGGGAUACUCCCUUUUUCACUUCGAAACAGCAUUUUAAAAGUGAUAGGGUGUCGAGUAUGUCGUCGGCGUCAGAAAGAAAUGGGAACUCGAUUUUUUCAAAUAUGAAAAAUCAUCUUCCUGAUCCACCAGCAACUGUUGACUUGACACUGGAUGAUGAAAACGAACUGGAGCAAGCGUUUGUUAGAAAAUUGAAAAAAAAUUCGAAUUUAAAGAAAUCAUAUAAUAAUCCGAACUCGCAAAUAGUAGCUGACUCUACUCAUAUCGGAAAUUUUACAGAUGAUGACUCAAGUUCAAGUAAUAAGAAGAAUUCUUCUCAAACAAUAACUAGAGAGUUGAGUAGUUCAAAGCUGCCCGUGCAGAGUAAGACUCAGUUUCCUAAUGCUUUAGAGAAAUUAAGAGUUGUAAAGAGAAAUAAUACUGUAACUAAUGCAUCUUCUUCGAAUUAUUCUCAGGCAAGUCACGGUGCCCUUAUUGACCAUAUGAGAAGUAGUAGAGCGGUUAAUGUUAGAGAUUUUUUUCAAACCCAGUCAAAUAUACCUUCAGUCAGAAGAAGUUCGACGUCACAACAAGCACUUAGCAAAUUUUCCAAUAAUCGUACUACAUCAAGCAGCUCUAAUCCUUCAGGAAAUAAAAUAAGAAAACAUAGAUAA